AUGCGUUUCAACAGUUCGGUUUUCAUUGCGGCUCUGGCAGCCCUGGCAUCGGCGACCCCCAUGUCGGAAAACAACAUCCGUGACGACGAAGCAAGCUGUACCUGUGGCAGCGAUAUGCUACAAAGGAGCUUCGAGAAGUGUAUCUACUACAACGUGGAGAGCUCCCCGUCAUGCCAGGCAGAUGAGACUUGUGUGUAUGAGCAGACUAUAUCAUGCGCCGAGAAAAAUGGCUGUGAAUGCCCCGACUUGGAACCCCCUGCGAGCAGCACUGGCACACCAACACCUACUCCGAGUCCUACCCCGGUUCCAACCACGCUCGAGAUCGUCACGAUAACAGCGAUCCCUUCUUCGACCCCUUAG